AUGAGUUCUCAAGCUUUCGAAUCCCCGUUUGAUUUUUGUAACUUAACCUAACAAAGAAAGGUGUAGAAAUUUGAUUUUAAUCAACUUUUUUUUAAGACAGCCACCAGCUAGUAAUACAAAGUGAUUGCUUGAAAGAGAUUCCACUAAAUUUACAUUCAUUGUAAUUAAUAUCCUCCGCAGGCACCUUCUAAUCGCGGAUCCUUCCGCGCGUUUUAACGCCACCUUUUCUUCCAAUAGCUGUCUCGUUAUUUUUCCUGGAGACGUUAAAAAUAUUAAAGUCGCUCCGGCCAUCGCUUCCUGUUUAGUCAGCACCAUAUCAAGAAUAGUCACUAGGACAGGCAACUUUUUAGUUAUGUGGACCAUAAAAGAGACAUUUUCAUUACAAGCACCGUUUACCGUAUUUCUUUUCAUUCUCGCAUAAUCCACGACUUUAUUGUCGGUAUUUUCGUUCAGCCCAUGUGUGUCACCCGAUGGGUACAAAAACUUGCAAUAUGUCGCUGUAUCGCGUCACAAGCGCCAUGCUGUAUCCUCCGGGAGUCUCCUUGUGGUUGUCUCUCUGGUGA